UCUCCGUGCUGGCGCUGUUGCUCACUGCCAGUGGCAGGGUUUAGGACUGCCCGUAUUCAGUUCUGCCUGCUUGUCUUUUCUCCAGACGUGGCAAGCUGCAGAGAGAGUCCGACUUCAUGGCCAGUGUAGACAGCAGCUGGAUCUCCUGGGGUGUGGGAGUCUUCAUUCUGAAGCCCCUGAAGUGGACUCUCUCCAGUGUGCUGGGUGACAGUAAAAUACCCGAGGAAGAGGAAGUUCUGAUUUACGUGGAGCUGCUUCAGGAGAAAGCAGAGGAAGUUUAUCGCCUGUAUCAGAACUCUGCACUUUCUUCCCACCCUGUUGUUGCCCUCUCGGAGCUGCGUUCCCUUUGCGCAGGUGUUUGUCCAGAUGAAAGGACGUUCUACUUGUUGCUUCUCCAGCUGCAGAAGGAAAAGAGGGUCACGAUCCUGGAACAGAAUGGAGAGAAGAUAGUGAAAUUUGCCCGAGGUCUUCAUGCCAAAGUCUCCCCAAUGAAUGAUGUGGACAUUGGAGUCUACCAGUUGAUGCAGAGUGAACAGCUGCUGUCACAGAAGGUGGAGUCCCUUUCCCAGGAAGCAGAGAAAUGUAAAGAGGAUGCCCGGAGUGCUUGUAGAGCUGGGAAAAAGCAAUUGGCGCUGAGGUGCUUGAAGUCCAAACGAAGGACAGAAAGGCGCAUCGAAGAACUCCAUUCCAAGCUGGAUGCAGUGCAGGGCAUCUUGGAUCGUAUAUACGCCUCCCAGACCGACCAGAUGGUAUUUAAUGCCUAUCAGGCUGGUAUGGGAGCUCUGAAACUGUCUAUGAAGGAUGUUACCGUGGAGAAGGCAGAGAACCUGGUGGAUCAGAUACAAGAGCUUUGCGAUACUCAAGAUGAAGUAGCCCAGACUCUGGCUGGAGUGGGGAUCAAUGGUCUAGAGAUGGAUACAGAGGAGCUGGAGAAGGAGCUGGACAGUCUCCUCCAGGACUCGACUAAGGAGCCCGUAGAUCUGCCUCCUGUUCCCCAGAAGGUGCCAAAUCCACCCAUUUCUGAUGCCGAGCUUGAAGCCGAGUUGGAAAAGCUCUCUGUUUCUGAUGGAGAUUUGGCACAAAAGACUCCCUCUGCUUCCUCUGAACCCAAAACAGCAGCUCUGGGACUGAAUCUCUAAAGACCCAACAGUAUCCUGUUGCUGCAGUUUGUGAAGUUGUCUUAAGGUUCCUUAACUAAUGACUAGAACUUCUGGGAAGAGGGGUAACGCUCCCCUGUUCUUCAUGGAUAUCACUUUGCUCAGCAACAGGAUCUCCUGCCAUGACAAUCCACUCUGGAACUGGCCCCAGCUGGUGUUUGUCAUCUCUGUGCCAACAUCUGCACUGGUCUCAAUUUUUGACUUGUGGUCCCAAGUCAC